UCAGCAGAUGUCCAUCACGUGACAUUUCGACUCCUCUUACUGCAAAGUCAGCUAAGUGCGGUUGUUUACAAGUAGAAUCGCAUUUAGUAGACACAAUGCCUAAGAAAGAAGAGCCGCAAGAAACCGAGUUACAACCUCAUCAGAGGGACGGAGUUAAAGAAGGUCAAAUAUUAGUCUGGAUAUGGAAUUUAUUAGAGGAAGCAGCGAAUAAAGAAUACGAUCAGUUUCUUAGAGAUGGAACCGUUCUUUGCAGGUUAAUGAAUGCCAUCAAACCGAACUGCAUCCCCGGCGAAAUAACAGCGGGAGAUAACAUCAAGCACAAAAAGAAGAAUAUUGAGAAAUUCUUGAAAGCUUGCAGCGAUUAUGGAGUAUCAAAAGACACGCUCUUCGAACCGGACGAUCUUCUUUUUAUGAGGCAUUUGCCUAAGGUUACGAGAUGCCUUUUUGCUCUAGGAAAAGUCGCGGAAGAGGAUCCGAAUUUCGACGGUCAUAAAUUAGGCGACGAACCUUUCGAAGCCGUUAAGAAAACCGGGCGUAGAAGAUCGGGUAUGCCUUUCGGUGACGACAUCAACGUGGCCCACGUCGACGUCAAGAAUAUUUUACAUCGACUCCCGAGCGUCGAUCAAAAUCAAUAGAUAUUUUCUUUCAUUCGUUACGAAAUUAUAUUUAAAUAUUCGUCAAAAUAUAAUAUUUAAAGAGAAAAAUAAAGACACGUUCGAUUUUAAAUUUCA